UAAAAUGUAAAUAAGUUUGAGUUUUAUUGUGAAACUAUGAGUGCAGUGUUAAGAACGCAUGUGUUGUAUAAUUAAAAAAUUAUAAUUAUAAACUGAUUCUAAAAUGUUACUUAUCAAAUAUAAAAAAUCUGGAAGAACGUGAACAAUGGACUUGAAUAGAAGCUUUAGUUUAUGCAGUAUAAUGGAAAAUGUAAGAUGCAAAGAACUGAAGGUCGGUGGUAGAUGGCAGCGAAGGACGGUAGCCCGCUGAAGCAAUAUGGCAGCGGGCGCGCGUGCGCGAGGUGGAGGACCUCUCGCGCGUUUACUGGUGCUGGCUGUUCUACAAGUCAAUUUUAUAGCUCUAGGUCUGGAACCGGAUUUCCUGUAUCCCCUGGAGAACGUGACGAUAGCGCAGGGGAGGGACGCAACCUUCACCUGCGUGGUCAAUAACCUGGGUGGUUAUAGGGUGAGUGGCGACUCCGCCACCGCCAGGGUUGCAUGGAUCAAAGCGGAUACAAAGGCGAUUCUGGCAAUACACGAACAUGUGAUCACGAACAACGCACGUCUGAGUGUAACACACAACGACUACAACACGUGGACGUUGAUCAUCCGCGGUGUGAAGAGAGAGGACAGAGGACAAUACAUGUGCCAAGUAAAUACAGACCCUAUGAAAAUGCAGACAGCAUUUUUAGAAGUGGUAAUUCCACCAGACAUCAUUUAUGAAGAGACGUCUGGAGAUAUGAUGGUGCCAGAAGGGGGGUCAGCUAAGCUUGUGUGCAAAGCACGCGGAUAUCCACCCCCUAAAAUAGUCUGGAGGCGUGAAGAUGGUGGAGAUUUAAUAUCCAGAGGUGGACCUCAAGGCAAAACCAAAGUGAUGUCACUCGAGGGUGAGAUAGUAAAUCUGACUAAGGUGACGAGGUCAGAAAUGGGAGCUUAUUUAUGCAUCGCAGCCAACGGCGUCCCGCCCUCAGUCAGCAAGAGAAUUAUGCUACACGUACACUUCCACCCUCUGGUCCAAGUGCCGAAUCAGCUGGUAGGCGCGCCAACCGGCACCGAUGUCACUUUGCAGUGCCACGUGGAAGCUUCGCCUAAAGCCAUAAAUUACUGGACGAGAGAGAAUGGUGAAAUGAUAAUAUCAAACGACAAGUACCACAUGAGUGAGAUCAACAGUUCUGCGUACAGCGUGCAAAUGCGGCUUGUGAUAAGGAACAUACAGGGCACGGAUCUCGGUGGAUACAAGUGCAUCUCGAAGAACUCUAUUGGAGAUGCUGAGGGAAAUAUUAGAUUGUAUGAAAUGGAGUUACCCUACAGCAAGAACCGACCAGACGAUGAUCGCGAUUCAGAUCUUGAAGAGACGAAUGACGUCCGAUCCAGUCUUCAAGGAUCACUCCGAGAGGGCGGGCGUGCGGAGGACGCAGGCUUCCUUGGAGGAGGAGGGCCGCCCUCCGCCGCCGCGACCCGGACCACGCCGUACGCAAUCUUUUUAAUAUCAGCCUUAGUCUACGCCAUGGGCUAAACUUUCUCCUUAGUAGGGUAACCACGAAAAAUUUAAACGGAUAACGUACAACGUACAGGUAGCGACGAAUUAGAAUUAUUGUAAUAAAUACAGGUUAUAUAAAUUUACAUCGAUCCUGAAGAUCGUUUUGAUUUACCAAAUAUAACACCACAAAAUUUCAAUGACACUAUCCGGGAAAAAGAGAAAACAUGGCAAGACUACCAAGAAAUCACAUGUAAGAGUACCUCGCGGUAUAUCACGAAUCUAUUGUUCUUCCAAGUUUUAAACAUGAUUUUCUCAUUACCGCGUCUUCCCACUCUAUACGGUUGAAUAUGAAAUCGCCUUUGUAAAUUGUUAUUUAUAUUUGUCCGAUUUCAUAUUUAAUGUGAGCAAACUUGUUAGGAUUUAAUUGUAUAACAUAUUGAAAACAAGGACCAGAUAGUUGGAGAUUACCUCACAGAUGUACGUCAGUGUUGCUAUGUUUUAUAUGAACUUACAGUGACAAUUAAACUGUGGAUAUGUGAUGUGACCGUGUAUAGUGAUCCCAGCUAAAUAAUAAUCGUUGUAUAUGCUUAGAUAUGUCACCGGAUAAUUAUAAAUACCGUUGGAUUUUAAUGAACCUAGCGAGAUUAUGAACAGCCAAAAAACUUAUAACGGAACGUUCAAUUUAACGAGUAUUUUAGAUACUUAAUUAAUAUAUUUUUUUUGUUAAUAAUCUUGAUUGACUUAAUUGCUACAAACGUAUAUAUUUAUUUUCAUAGUUCACAACUAUUUCAUAAUAAAACUAACAUAUAUAUAACAAGCAAAAACAAUAUUUAGGAAGUUUACACUCUCGCUAGAUUUAUUAUAAGUCACCUGUAUUUAUACUCCCCGGAAACAGAUACAUGUGAUAUUGUCAAGCGAUAAUAACAAUUAAAUCACCCCAUGUAAAAUAUAUAAAAAAAGUAUACCACUUAGCUCCUCAAUAUACUUACUACUUCGCCGUCAUAAUAUAUCGACUUUAUACUAAUUCAUGUUUAAAGAAUAUGUAAUUUGAUAUUUUAUCUUAAUUUAGCCGUUCUAAUAGAUUUAUUUGAAAUUUUAAAUUGAGUGUAUCGAAG